ACAGCGGUAAACGGAUGGGGGUGGUGGGUGCUCACUCAAGCUCGGAGAGAGUACCAUAAAAUCUGCUGGAGCGAGCUUGACCUGAAAAGUCGGCCAAGAAAAGUGAGAGACGUUCUGAGAUGGAUGCACCGUCACCGUGGUGAAACUGAAAUGCAAAAUACUAAAAUCUUUUCGACUCUAUGCUCCCUAGAUGUACAGAAUCAGACCAGAGAGAAAUAAUUUGAACAUUUAUUCUUCCGUCUGUGGAACUGCGUGAUUUUUCUUGGUUUCUGAAUUUAGGCGGUCACUCUCCCUUGCUCAUUAUCAGACAAGCUGUACUAGUACUACUACUACAAGUUUUGAAUUGAAAGAAGGCAUCCUACUAUUCCUAGCGGAUUGGCGAAUCGGUGGAAAGUCAAGAUGUCGAAGUUUAAGUUCGGAGAGAGCAUACAUAGCGGUAUAGGUGAAGGACAGCCAGAUGGUCAAGAAAAGAGUACUAAAUCACCAUACAUACCAAGCUACAUGGAUCUUAGCAAUGGCCCAGAGCCAUGUGUCGUAUGUGGAGAUGCUGCUACAGGAUAUCAUUACAGGUGUAUGACCUGUGAAGGAUGUAAGGGAUUCUUUCGAAGGACGAUUCAGAAGAAGUUGAGUUAUUACUGUAAAUGGAAUGAAGAAUGUAUCAUAGACAAAACAACCAGAAACCAAUGUCAGCAAUGUCGUUAUAAGAAGUGUCUCACUGUUGGCAUGGCACCGGAUUUGGUAUUGAACGAGAAUCAGCGCAAGGCAAAGAGGGCGCUGAUACAGGAGAAUCGUGAGAAGCGUAGCAGAGAAGAGAUGCUGAGACAGACCGGUCUAAUCUCUAGUAACCAGCUGACAAAUCAUGAAGAGUCGUUGAUUAGAGCUAUUCUGGUAGCUCAUAAACAAACCAGUCAUAUGUACAGGAGGGAAUCGAGUUCAGGGGAUGAGAGUGAGCCUGAUAGCAAGAAACUGAAGAUGGAGGAUGAAAAACCCUUAGCUGAGAUCAUGACGCCCUCUAUAGUCAAAGUAGUGGAAUUUGCCAAGAGAAUACCAGGAUUUACAAAUCUUCAUCAUGAUGAUCAAAUUUUACUUCUGAAGACCUGCUGCAUGGAGAUCAUGUGCUUGAGAAUAGCUCAGAAGUUCGACCCGGACAGUCAGAAGUUAAUCCUCUCCAACGGUCUUCGGGUCGGCAAAUCGGACAUGGAUCAUGGUGUCCUCAGUGAGCUAAUUGAACCCAUCUUUGACUUUGCUGUCAGUAUGUCUAGAUUACAACUCACAGAAACAGAGAAUGCUCUCUUAGCUGCAGUGUUGCUGAUAGCGGGAGACCGACCAGGUUUGAAGGAGGCUAAGCUUGUUGAGACAUUACAAGACAGUCUGUUAACAGCCUUCCAGCAUUUCAUCAAUGAAUCUAGGCCAAAGACACCUGUGCACUGGGCCAAGAUACUCAUGAAGAUCACCGACUUGAGGACCAUCAGUGCCAGGCAUGCUGAACGCAUCAUGUGCAUCAAGUUGGACCGACCUAAUGAAAUACCUCAGAUAUUCUUGGAGAUGUUUGAUGAUAACGGUCUGGUCUGAGUCCCCAGCCUACCUUGCAUUCAAUGCUUGAAGUAGUUCACCAAACCUGUCAUAAGUAUGAGAAACCUGCCAUCCUUGCAAUGAACAUCUACGGUUAUAUCGUUCUUGCACAUUUCUUCUCCAAACUUGUGUGAUAAUCAACAGAGAUAACCUAGCUUGGGGCAUUCAGCCUUGAUGGAUUGAUGGAGUAAAAAACCCAACAUGGAUUGAAUAGAUAACAUCCAAAUUGAAGAGUCAAAUAGUCAUAUUCAGUCGUUGUCUAACCUACAGGAGUUAUUCUUACAGGUUAAAUUGCAGUAUUCAUUGAAACAUCACAGUAGUCUUCAAAAGUUGAAGAUGUCUCUUCCUACUAUUGACUGGCUUCCGGCGUUACUGCUGCUCUCCAAUCUAGGUUACCUAUGUCUUUUCAAAUUGAAUUCUGAAAUUCCCAUAGGAAAAGUAGAGUUGCCACCAUUUCCCAUAGAGCGAAAAAAAUCAGAUUAUUAAUGUUUUCUCUAUAGGAGGGCAGGCUAGCUUUGUAACCCAACUUACUCUCAGGAAUAUUUAGUAUAACAAUGUGUUUUAAGGAGAAUACUCAAAACGUGAAAUACCUCAUACCGUUCAUUUCGUUUUUACAAAAGACAUGUGUGAAGGAUAACGGAUGUGUGAAAACUAUAUACGACAGUUCCUUGUUAUCUUCAUAUCUUUUUUGACACGGAUGACUUACAUGUAUGUCAGCAAUCCAGUCCAUGCCAGUCCAUUAUCACCCAUUGCUUUUUGUUUACAGGUAUUUCCAAAUUCAUGGGUGGUAAGAAUAGUCCAUACAGAAAAUCUCUUCAAUAACAUUUUCCUUCCUUUUGAUUGCAAAAAGGCAAGUUUAGAAGAUUGAGUUUGAAUCACUCUCUGGCAUGGUCAGGAUUUGCUGAAAGAAGUUUCUCAGGAAAUAUUUUGAUUUGUAUCAGGUUAGUAGAUUAUGUUUGUUUCCAUAGUAACCAGUACCUCUCAGGGAAUAGCGAAUUGAUUUCUGAUAAUGCUCUGUGUUUAGAAGCAGAAGAGCAUUAAUUCAGGUCGUUUUAGUUCAUUGCUUUCAGACUCUUUGCUCGGGGCAUGUGUAUGCUAUGCUAGGAAGACUGUAUAUACAUAUAUAUAUAUGGAAUGAAUAUAACAUAAUCAUGGUUUAUCUAGUUACAGUAAUUUGUUGAUGUAUAUUUUCUCAAAAUAUAACCAUGAAUACACAUCUACAGUAGGGGUAACAUUUAUUGUCAAUUUGGAACUACUGUGUUAGCAAUCUUGCCAUGUAAACCCAAAUGCAUCAUUUUGAGUUUCAAAUGGCAAGUAUUAAUGUUACCAAAGAUUAAGUUGAAGGGUCAACUAACAUUAGCUUCCAGUGUGAUUGUUCCUGUCUUAAUCUGUCUGGAGUUAUAAGUUGGUGUUAGGGUGGUGG